CAGGCCUUCUACAUGUCCUCCCGCUUUCUGCGACCAUACUUUUAUAUCGGACAUGGGAGUAUGAGCAAUGGCCAAGGAGCAGUUUUACAAACCAAUGUAAUGGAGUACUACAAGGCGACAGCCUCUUUAAGAAAUAACGGUGAUUUUGGACACACGUACAAAAGGUGCAUGGACAAUGUUCUCUACUUCUGCAUAAUGUGGGCCUCUUGCCAUAGAUCCAGUUUGUAUCUAAACCCAUUACGCUGGCAGACUGCUUAUUCAUUCUCCAAUCAAAGUUCCUGCAGCUCCUUCACUCCAUUGUCCGUGUAGCCAGGAAGUAAUUACGCAGCAUUAAGUGAACCAAAGCCUUUUACAGUAAUGCAACAGCAAUUAACAGCCAGCGUGCGCUGCCAGGUGUCCAAGAAUAAAGAUGGGCGAGAACAGAGUGGGUUGGUAUCGCCGACGGAGGAGGAAGUUUUCUCCUGGCCGGGUCCGAAGACCGUUAUGUUGAAUAGGGCGUCCGAAGGGUUUGGCUUUACGUUAAGGCACUUCAUUGUUUACCCGCCAGAGUCCGCAGUUCAGACAUCUAUAAAGGCUGACGAGAAUGAAACUCGUGCAGGGAGGCAAAGAAACAGGUUGGAGCCAAUGGACACCAUAUUUGUGAAACAAGUUAAGGAAGGCGGUCCGGCUCAUGGAGCAGGAUUAUGUACAGGGGACAGAAUCAUUAAGGUGAAUGGUGAAAGUGUCAUUGGCAAGACAUACUCCCAAGUGAUUGCUCUAAUUCAGAACAGUGGAUCCACCUUAGAACUUAGCGUGAUGCCAAAAGAUGAGGACAUUCUGCAGCUGCUGCAGUUUCCAAAGGAUGUCACAGCUCUGGCAUAUUCCCAGGAUGCUUACCUGAAAGGAAACGAAGCCUAUAGUGGCAAUGCACACAAUAUACCUGAGCCGCCACCCAUAUGUUACCCACGCAUAAAACCUACAUCUCCAGUUAUGGCCCAACCAGCUGAAGUUCCACCCCCAGGCACAUCGUUGGUUAAACAGAAAUCCAUUCGCCCAGUAAAAUCCUCAACACAGCCGGACAGGAACCACAGAGUAGAAAUCCAAGUGCCUCCAUCACCAACGGAUAUUGUCAAAUCCAAUACAGCUGUUUGCGUCUCCAAUGAAGCUGUAAGAACCGUCAUUGUGCCUUCUGGGAAGGUGGUAGAGCUUUCAUCAGAUAGACCUAGUAUUGUUGCUCCUUUACACCAGGUAGAUCCAUGUGCAUACAUAAAGCAACCAAUAGCCACGACACCGCCCUCUGCCACUCCCUCUUUAAUGUCGAUGGUACCUAGGCUGGUGGAUAAGACUGGACCUAUAAACAAACCCCCAAGCUAUGGAGGACAUGUUGACGCAAUGUUUAGUACUAGGGCGACUGCCCGAGGAGAGGAAUCUCCAUCUCCUACUAACAAUUAUUCUUCUAGUUCCCAUCAGCACAUAGACUGGAGAAACUACAAAACUUACAAAGAGUAUAUAGACAAUAGACGUAUGCAGAUGUAUGGCUCUAGAACAAUACAAGAGCGACUGGACAGCCUUCGAGCAGCAUCUCAAAACACAACGGACUACAACCAAGUUUCGCCAAAUGGUGCUUCAAUAGAUGUCCGUCGACGAAGUACCUCCCACGACAGGGUCCCCCAGUCUGCCCAAAUCAGGCAGCGCAGCAUUUCCCAGGAAAGGCUAGCAGACCCAGGUGUGGGCAAAGAUUGGAAAGAAUGGCCUCGUAGUGCUUCCCAAGACACACUAACGUCACCAGCCAUCAGUCCCAGGGGCAAUAGAUCGGGGUCAUGGGAUUAUCUUACAAAAAAAGGAGACAAAUUAGAUCACUACAUUGUGGAGCCUAGUGAUUUAAAGCACAACUCUAAAUGGACUGGGUUUACUGAACAGGACGACAGACGGGGCAUUUAUGAGCGAUCUAGACAACAGUCACUACGUAUAUCUCCACGAUUUGUAAACUACUCCAUGGGACCUGUUGCAUAUGGUUCAGACCGGAGACGAGUGAGCAGCCGAGUUUUGGGUUCAGCGCACCCUUUGCAAAAAGUUCCAAAUGACCUAAAAAACCUCCCAAGUUCAAGAAAUUUUCACAGUUCCUCUUACCGAUCUUCUCAUUCUCAGUCCACUGCAGCUGAAAGUACCUACUCUCGUCUUUCUAAAACGAGCUCCAUGAGGAGCUCCGUACCCUAUGGAACUGCAACGUUUUCUCGUCCUACAACUUCAGACGAUGGAAUAGUUAAUGACCAAAAACCGUUGAUCCACAUUAGUGGUCCGACAAACCUGCAGAAAACAUCCCCGAUAGAGAACACCAAUAAUUUAAAUCUGUCUUCUCCACUUGUGACUUCUACUCCGAUCGCAACAAAAUUGGUGACGGAUAGCCCAGCUACCUCUGAUCAUGGAGAUCUUCAAAAUGGUCAAAGCCCUAAAGACCAAGUCCACAAUUCUGGUGCAGAAUCAAAUUCUGUCAGUUUAGUGGUCUUAAGGGAUAAAUCUCCAUCUGCUCAGCAGACACCGCAGCCUUUAAGACAGCAAUCCUACAUUUUUGCGGUUAACGAGCAAGAAUCCGUGUCGGACACUACAUGCUGGCUACCAAACGAUGCCCGUCGACAAUUCCGCAUUGAAAGAAUGGAACAGAAGAAAGCAUCUGGUCCGAGCUCGCCUGGAGACUCAUUGGCAUCCAUACCCUUCAUUGAUGAGCCCACCAGUCCCAGCAUCGAGCAUGAGCUGGCAGACAUUCCUGCUUGUGCCGUCAUCUCUACAUCUGCAGUACCAGAGUUACGCCGGCACCUGUCGCACGACCACGACCCAGUCAGACUCUGCACCCUUGGUGUGGAAACUAGAACGGAGAGGUCAAAAUCAUGUGAUGAGGGACUAGAUGACUAUAAGGAUGAUGGAAGGUUUGUUCUGAAUUAUGUCACUGGCCUUACAGGUAUCAAGGCUCCAGAGAGUAUGCAGUCUUCUGAGGACUCCGAGUCCAGGAAAGAUUCCUCCUCAGAUGUGUUCAGCGACUCUAACAAGGAAGGAUACUUGUAUUUCCGACAGCUGGUCCCUGACAAAGGAAAGAGAGUCGGCGGCAGCAUGAAGCAGUGGAAGCAGAUGUACGUCGUGUUGCGGUGCUCAUCCUUAUAUUUGCACAAAGACAAGAAGGAGCAGACCGGACACUCGUCUUCUCAGUCUGAAGAGGAGCAGCCGAUAAAUAUUAACGGAUGCUUAGCCGAUAUAUCGUACAGUGAAACCAAGCGGAAAAAUGUAUUUCGUGUUACAACUUCUGACCGGGAGUAUCUCUUCCAAGCUGAAGACAGAGAGGAUAUGUUGGCAUGGAUUAAAGUCAUACGGGAAAAUGGCAACCUGAAUGACGAGCAAACUGACCAGGCAAGCAGGGAUCUCAUAGAUAAGAAGCGGAAAGACUACAACAACACAGCAAUGAAGUCCAGUAACAAACCAGAACCAUCUCCCAAAUCUGCUCGUCAGCCUUUCCAGAAUAUCCUCAGCACAAGAACAGAUCCUAAAUUACUGAGUCCUCACUCUCCAAAGCAAGAUCCUGACCGGAGGCUGCUCAACAAAGAUGAUACCAGUCCACCUAAAGACAAAGGUACGUGGAGGAGAGGUAUUAAUAACAUCAUGCGGAAGACCUUUGAGAAGAAGUCCACCAGCGGUGGGACCUUUGGUGUUCGGCUAGAUGACUGCCCUCCAGCUCCAUCAAAUAAAUUUGUUCCAUUGAUCGUGGAUCUAUGCUGUAAAUUAGUUGAAGAGCGAGGACUGGAGAACACCGGAAUAUACAGAGUCCCUGGAAAUAAUGCAGCUAUUGCCAGUAUGCAAGAGGAACUCAACAAAGGGUGCAUGGACAUCGAUCUCCAAGAUGAUAAAUGGCGAGACUUGAAUGUAAUUAGCAGUCUGCUGAAAUCCUUUUUUCGCAAACUCCCAGAGCCUCUAUUUACCAAUGACAAGUACAAUGAUUUCAUAGAAGCCAACCGUAGAGAAGACCCCACGGACAGGCUUAGAACACUAAAAAGAUUGAUUCUUGAUCUUCCAGACCAUCACUAUGAAACGCUCAAAUUCCUCUGUACGCAUCUGAAAACUGUGGCAGAUAAUUCAGAGAAAAACAAGAUGGAACCCAGAAACCUGGCAAUCGUAUUUGGCCCAACUUUGGUCAGGACCUCAGAGGACAACAUGACGCACAUGGUCACCCACAUGCCCGACCAAUACAAAAUAGUGGAAACCCUUAUUCAGUGUCAUGACUGGUUUUUCUGUGAGGAAAGUGCAGAUGAACCAAUUACAGCUGUACAGGAGGAAAGCACAGUAGAGUCUCAGCCAGUGCCAAACAUAGAUCAUUUGCUCCCCAACAUUGGAAGGACCGGAUUAUCCCCUGGAGACGUAUCAGAUUCCGCUACUAGUGACUCGGCAAAAUCUAAAGGUUCUUGGGGAUCUGGGAAAGAUCAGUAUAGCAGAGAAUUGCUAGUGGCCUCCAUCUUUGCUGCUGCCAGCCGACAUCGUAAGAAACCGAAAGAUAAGCCCCAGCUGAGCAGCUCGGAGGAUGAGCUGGACAAUGUGUUUUACAGGAAAGACCUGUCUCCUGUGGACGCCCGAAAGCCAGACAGUAGCAAAUUGCCACCUUUAUCAGCUGCACAAGUGCCUCUAAAACCCAAAGCACGGACGCAGAAAAACGCAGAAAGCCUCAGCAAGACUAACCAGAGUGCGUACGCUGACGAUAAACUGAGAGAGGACAGUACGCCUUCCGAUGAGCCAACCUCUCCUCCAAAACACAACACAUACUCAGAUCUGAGACUGGCUGUGCCAUCUGAUAACGAACCAAUGCUCACUUGCCUGGAUAGCAUGACUGACUCGCACACUGUACUUUGCACUUCAUCCCAGCCCCCCGCGCACAGACCAAAACCGAGAAUCAUCAUCACCCCUGACGGAACCGCCAGUGACUCUGUGUCCGCAGAUAUGAUCUCCAUCACCUCGGACUACUCUACAGCAUCAUCAUACUUGGUUGGGCUGGAACCGAACCAGUUAAGUCACGAGGUUCAGUCUGUGGCAGACAGCAAAGAUGGAAGCGCCAGCUGCACAGAGGACAGCACAACUCCCCGGUUGGACAGCCGACGAUUUAGCUCUCAUAAACUUAUAGAAUGUGACACUUUAUCAAGAAAAAAGUCUACACGACAAAAAACAGACAGCGAAUGUUCAAAUGAAGGCAAGAGCGACAAAACCACCGCUUCAUCUAAUGUUGUGGAGGUAAUCCAGAAAGAAGAGCCAUCCCGCGACUUGGACUUGUCUGUAAAAAAUGAACCGGAAAAGCAGGAACUUGGCUGGAGGCUUAAAAUAACAGAUAGGCUUAAAUUGCGUAUGAAAGCAUCUGCAGACGACAUGUUUGGGACCGGAAGCGAAAAAGAACGUGCCGCCGAAAACCGAAAGAAGAAAAAUAUUAGGCGGCGGCACACACUAGGGGGACAGAGAGACUUUGCUGAAAUAAGCUUUUUAAAUUCUUGGAAAAUCCAUGAACCAGCACACGGGGGUAAAGAGGCUGAACUUUCUGCCAUGGAUCGACUGAAGCCAAAGUGUCCAUCGCAAGACCUCUCGAUCUCAGAGUGGCUUGCACGAGAACGUUUACGUACUAGCACAUCUGAACUCAAUGCAGAGGAGCUGGUUUUAGAGAACAGUAAAAUAACAGACUCAUCAACGCCAAUUUCUCGUACAUCUCUUCCGUCACAAGUCAACGUAGCCACACCCAGCAACGUAACGGAAAACAUAUCCCACUUGACAUCCUUACAAUCAGCUGAUACACUAAAUGGCGAGAGCUACCAGAGCAAAAACAAAAAUAACUUUAGUCCUGCUGUUGAUGCUCACCCCCAUAAACUUUCUGGUACUCGGGUGGCCAGAUCCCGGUUCUACCAGUACCUUUAAAUGAUUUCCACUGCAGCUUUUUGUCCAAAAGUUCCAAGAUAGGCAACGUGAAUACCGAGCGGUUGCCAAUGGGACUUGUAUUGUAGUAUGACGACAGUUGGCGAGCUAAAGCUUGCCUAGGUCUUUAGUAAAAUUCCAGUCUAUUGUAUAUCGUUCUGUGCCUGAAUUAUUUUUUAUUUUUCUGUUCUGCAGUCUGUGUGAGGGCUGAAUUCAUUCAUAGGCCCUGUGGAAAGUCUUCAGAGUGGCCAAAACAAAAACAAAACACAACUCCUUCUUGAUGGAAGUUCUUGUAAAAUCUGAACAAAUCGUUUGCUUAACUUUGUGCAUACAUGGUUUCCGUAACCCGGGGUUUUCUCAUUUAGCAGACGUUCAGCAUGUAACAAUGUCCUUUUUUGGUUUAGUCAUGAAGAAAAGUGCCUCAUGAAUUCAUCUGGUGUGCUAGGGUGCCAUAUUGUUACGCGCUAAUUAGAGGAACCUACUGUGAACAAAUAGAGCAUUUUAUCAGUUUCCAGAUUUCAUUAAAUUUUACAGAUUUUAACAGGUGGACUCAGUGCUUCCAUUCGUUAUGCAUUCCGGUAGAUUCUUCAAGUUUUAUAUACCAACUUUUAAUACAGUUUUUGUUUUGUUUUCUUUUUGUUUUUUAGUUUUAUGUGACUUGAAUUUUUAAUCUUUCUGUAAGAUACGUUAACUUAUGUACAUACACAUUGUGUAUCUACCGAUACCAGAUUUGAUAUAAAUGUUGUAAGAUAGGCAUGUAGAUAGUAAAUCCUGGGUGGAACUGGUUUUCUUUCAUUGAAAAUAGUAUAAUUCUGCAUGAAGAUCUCGUACCACCUUGUACCAUGCCUGUGUGCAUACCCACUUUAAACACUGGAAAUAAAAUUAAUUUGGUGAUUUA